AUGAGAAGAAUUGCUGCGAGCCGUGUAUUGGCAAAUAAAACAAUCACGAAGAAGAACACCUUUUCAUCAUCCUUCCAUCUCAUCAAGCAAAAUGCCUUCAUGAAGAGUACAGCCAUCUCAUCGGGUUGUUCACUACAAAUCAGAAACAAAGCAAUUGAUUUUUCUUGGGAUCAACAACAAAAAGCAAAAUUGGAGCAUACCUAUUUAACCAUAGAACAAUCAAAAGAUGCUGUUAAUUCAUUGCGAAAUGAAUUGGAGGUUAAUUUAAAGAAUGACAUUGAAACAAUUUCCAAGAUGUCUAAUACCACUCAACUAAACGAAAAGUACAUUAAACUUCGUUUGUCUUUGGGAAGAAAUAGCGAUAAAGACGAAGCAUUACUUAAAGAAAUGGACGAUUUGCAAUUAUUCUUGGCAAAAUCAUGUUUUGGAAUUGAAAAAUUAGAGAGUGUACUCGAGAAAAUUCAAGUUUUAGCCAUUUAUCAAUUAUCUCAACAAAAAUUACAAGAAGAAUAUGAAAGCAAAGCCAGCACCAUGAGCAUCUCAGACUUUUAUCCUCAAUCACGUAUUUCACUUUUUAAUAUUGAAAGAGAAUUACUUAAAACGUUUGCUGUAGACAUUGCAAAAGUUGAGAAAAGGAAGAAACAAUUUGAAAACAAUGAACUAAGUGAUGAAGAAAAGAUGAAACCAUACGAAACUUGGAAAGACGAGAUAACCGUGGAGGAAUCAGAAAUUACAAACAAACUGGACAAGCCAGAGGAUUGGAUUAUAUUUAGAUUCCUUUUGAAUGAUUUACUCUACAGAUUUGGAUAA